GCCCGCCCCGCCCCGCCGCCGGUGCGGUGCUGGAAGCCCCCGCUCUCCCGGAAGUGGCCCGGGCCUGUCUGUCGGGGUCCUCACCACCCCGUUGCUGCUGAGGGCUGCGGGGUGGCAGCGAUGGCGGAGGGGGCGCUGCUGCUGCUGCCCGAGGCGGCGGCGGAGCGGGAUGCUCGGGAGAAGCUGGCUCUCUGGGAUCGGAGACCGGACACGAAGGCGCCGCUGACCGACAGGCAGACGGACUCGGUGUUGGAGCUGAAGGCGGCGGCGGAGAACCUGCCGGUGCCGGUCGAGCUCCCAGUUGAAGACUUGUGCAGUUUAACAUCCCAGUCGCUGUCCAUGGCACAGAAUGCAGUAGUACCUGCAUCUACAGAAGACAUUCUCUUGAAGGGUUUCACUUCCUUAGAAAUGGAAGAAGAAAGAAUUGAAACUGCACAACAGUUUUUCUCAUGGUUCGCAAAGCUACAAACUCAGAUGGAUCAGGAUGAAGAAACGAAGUAUAGACAGAUGAGGGAUUACUUGUCUGGGUUUCAGGAGCAGUGUGAUGCUAUAUUGAAUGAUGUAAACAGUGCUCUUCAGCAUCUGGAAUCAUUGCAGAAACAGUAUCUUUUUGUGUCCAAUAAGACAGGAACCCUACACGAAGCCUGUGAACAGCUCCUAAAAGAACAGUUGGAACUGGUUGAUCUGGCUGAAAACAUUCAACAGAAGCUUUCCUAUUUUAAUGAAUUGGAAACUAUUAAUACUAAAUUGAAUUCUCCUACAUUGUCUGUGAAUAGUGAAGGAUUUAUACCUAUGCUGGCCAAGUUAGAUGACUGUAUAACAUAUAUCUCAUCUCAUCCGAAUUUUAAAGAUUAUCCUGUAUAUUUACUGAAGUUUAAGCAAUGUCUUUCUAAAGCUUUGCAUCUCAUGAAGACGUACACUGUGAACACACUACAGAACCUCACAAGUCAGUUAUUGAAAAGGGAUCCUUCAUCUGUACCUAAUGCAGACAAUGCCUUCACACUAUUUUAUGUGAAAUUUCGAGCUGCUGCCCCCAAAGUCAGAACUCUUAUUGAACAAAUAGAACAACGAUCUGAAAAAAUACCUGAAUACCAACAACUGCUAAAUGACAUCCACCAGUGUUACCUUGAUCAACGGGAGCUCCUUUUGGGUCCUAGUAUUACUUGUACUGUAACAGAGUUGACCAGCCAGAAUAACAGGGAUCAUUGUGCCUUGAUUCGCAGUGGCUGUGCCUUUAUGGUCCAUGUAUGCCAGGAUGAGCACCAACUUUACAAUGAAUUUUUCACAAAACCAACGCCAAAAUUAGAUGAACUUUUGGAGAAACUGUGUGUGUCAUUGUAUGAUGUCUUCAGGCCGUUGAUCAUUCAUGUUAUUCACUUAGAGACUCUAUCAGAACUUUGUGGGAUUCUUAAAAAUGAGGUGCUUGAAGAUCAUGUACAGAACAAUGCCGAACAACUGGGAGCCUUUGCAGCUGGAGUAAAGCAGAUGUUGGAAGAUGUACAAGAGCGGCUCGUCUACCGAACCCACAUCUACAUUCAGACAGACAUCACGGGCUACAAACCAGCUCCUGGAGAUCUGGCAUAUCCUGAUAAGUUAGUAAUGAUGGAGCAAAUUGCACAGAGUUUAAAAGAUGAACAGAAGAAGGUACCUUCAGAAGCUUCAUUUUCAGAUGUUCGGUUAGAAGAAGCAGAGUCUAAUAAUCUAACAAAAUCUGGUUCACCAGACUCGCCCAAUCCUAGACCUCAGACCACAAUUUCUCCAGCUGAUCUUCAUGGAAUGUGGUAUCCUACAGUUCGAAGAACCCUUGUCUGUCUCUCCAAAUUGUAUAGAUGCAUAGACAGGGCAGUGUUUCAAGGAUUAUCACAGGAAGCCUUGUCUGCCUGCAUUCACUCGUUACUUGGAGCAUCGGAGUCUAUCAGCAAAAACAAGACUCAGAUCGAUGGACAACUUUUCUUAAUAAAGCACCUUUUGAUUCUUCGUGAACAAAUUGCUCCAUUUCACACUGAAUUCACCAUUAAGGAAAUUUCCCUGGACCUCAAGAAAACUAGAGAUGCAGCAUUUAAAAUCCUGAACCCUAUGACUGUUCCAAGAUUUUUUAGGCUGAAUAGCAACAAUGCCUUGAUAGAGUUCUUGUUGGAGGGUACUCCUGAGAUAAGAGAACAUUAUCUUGACUCUAAAAAAGACGUAGACCGUCAUCUGAAAUCGGCCUGUGAGCAGUUUAUUCAGCAGCAGACCAAGCUGUUUGUAGAGCAGCUGGAGGAGUUCCUGACAAAGGUUUCGGCAUUAAAAACAAUGGCCAGUCAGGGAGGACCCAAAUAUACUCUCUCUCAGCAGCCUUGGGCACAACCAGCAAAGGUCGGUGACCUUGCGGCAGGUGCCUAUAAGAAAGUCAAAGCACAGCUGCCGCUGACGUUGAGAAGUAUGUCACUGUACCUGUCCAAUAAAGAUACUGAGUUCAUCUUAUUUAAACCUGUCAGGAAUAACAUUCAACAAGUCUUUCAGAAGUUCCAUGUUUUGUUAAAGGAAGAGUUCAGCCCUGAAGAUACCCAGAUCAUUGCUUGUCCUUCUAUGGAACAGCUGAACUUCCUACUGUCGGUUUCUAAAUAACCAGGCCGGGCAGGCUGUGUGUGUAAAUGGUGUGUCCAGUAGGAGCGUCGUGAAUCUUGCAGCUUGCAGGACACAGAGGAGUUGUAUGAGAAUGUCCCCAAGAACCCACAGGCGUGCUGCCCGGAGCUGACUGCAGAAGGAAAUAUAAGCAAAAUGUUAAAAGAUCGGUGUUUCCCUUUUAAAAACAUCAAAAUGCCAAAGAUUAAACUACGAGAGGGGAUAACUGCGUCAUUUCAAUGAUCACAGGAAGUGUAGGCUGUUUAGACGUAGCUGUGGUGGGCACGCAGGGAAGUGGUUCUUAGCCAGAGAUGUGCAAUGAAAAUAGGUUGCAAUAAGUAGUGCAAAGAAGAACUUUACGGAAAUAUAGCUAAUUAGAAAGCUUCUAAGAGAAAGGUUUGUUAAAGCGUGAAACACUGCAACACUUAACCACUGAGCAUUCCAGUGGCUAUUUUUUUACUUCCAGAAAUGUUAUUUCUACACUCUAUUUAAUGUAAUAUUUCUCCUAUCACUUUGAAGUUUAGUUUGGAGUAGAUUGGAUGCUUCUGAGAGCACAUUCUGCUUUCUUGGGAAUUCAGGGUGUUAUCUUUCUGUGUGUUUGAUGUGAGGUCGUUUCAAGAUGCAAGGACCUGUGUAAGGUCCCAGCAUCUGCACGCCUUGAAUUGCUUAGGUGCAGAACGUUCGAAAGCAGGGAGCUGCAGCCUCCUCAGAAUAGAGGAUGUGUGUGCAGUAUCUUUAAUGGGAAUCUUCCUGGUACAAUAGUCAGUGUUUGUGAGUGGGAAGUACCAAUUAAGGUGACUGAAAUCUGGCACAUAAAGGAGACAAGAAAACCUGAUGAAUAGUGUGGCUCAUGCUUGAAGGUUGGGGUUAGCAGCCUUCUGUAGACUGCCUUCGGUUUUAGUAGUUCUUUGAAAAGUGAACGCUUUCGUGUCCUGUAUAUUCAGUGGCGGUGCUGUGUACCAGUCUCGUGGCUCUGCAGCCCUGCUACAGAAGAAUACAUUUUACCAACAAGACAAGAAUGAGGAAGACUGCCCACCCCUACAGUCUGCCACACUGCAUCGGGGAUCAUGAAAUGAAUUAUGCGCCUCCGUGAGCUUUCCUACAAAUACCUAUUUCCUGAGUGGAUUGGUUUUGCCUCUGAUGUUAUAGUAAAUGUAGCCUGCUUUUUGGUUCAAAAGGAAUUUUGAGUUAUUUAAACACUAGUCUAGAGAUGGAACACUGACGAGGGUUCUGGAAUAUAGCCAGCAGACGUCAUUCUUCUCGACCAUAGCAGCAUUUCUCAUCCCCUUACAGCAGACCCCCGCAUUGUAGACAGGUUACAGACCCUGAGGUCUGUCAUUGUAAACAGGUCACUUGUCUUUCAACUCAGUUUAAAUUGGUGAUAGAUGUUGCUUGAUAGAGCUUAAUACUCUAUAUUUUGGGAAAGUAUAAGGUAAAGAGGGUCCAUAUUCAUUUUUUGACAUGAAAUGAAUGAAUUAGGAAGACUAUAUUUACUUCCGUUUACUAUUUUAAAUACAUGUUUAAUGAAACAAACUGUAAAAUAUCCAGUUUUGUGUAUUAUAUGUACAUUUGAUUUUUUAAUAGCCUUUCCAAAGAAAUGAGGGCAUGAUUAUUGUACAGUACUGUGACUGAUCUCAUUUAAUGUACAGAGCAGAGUGUGUUCUUAAGGAUAAAAAUAUUUGGCGGCACCCAUUCCUGUGUCUUGAAUCCUUUAUUUCUGAAGCACUCAAACACCUUACAAAGUGCUGAGUAGGUGACGGUGACCCAACUUGUUUCCUGAAUGAGUCUUUGUUUAAAUCUGUACAGUUUCAAGUGUUUACUUAUACAAAGAGUGUACAUACUUUCAAAUAAUUAAAAAAAUAAUUAACUUAAAAUGCUUUAUAUUAUUUGGCUAGAAAUUGCUGUUUUUAAUAAAUGUGAAUUUUUUAAAAAAUAAAGAUUUUUGCUUCCUA